AUGGACAUCACCAGCUUCGUCGUCCGGGGCCGAGACCAAGCUCUGCUCUACGGCGACUUCUCCACCUAUCAUGGCCAGCUGUCCAAGCGCCUGCUCAACUCGCGCAAGAAGCUGGGCAUCGUGACUAAGAAUCGAGGCAAGUUUCGCAAGCCGGAGCAGGUGACGGCCGAAGACGUCCAGGGAAACAAUGAACAUGUCCAUCUACUCCUCCUUACCAGCGAACGCGCCUGGGCUCAGGCGAUGAGCAUCAAGGCUGGGCAUGCCAACGAUCAGAAGGGAGUUGCCGGUCGCGCCCGGUCUCACAUUGUCUCACGGCUCGAGAAAGCCGCUCGAAGUGCCGAGCACGUCGUCAGCAUCCUAUCGCAGACCGACGUCACCGGUGCCACCCCGACCGAUAUUCUCGAGGCUCGGGCCUACGCAUCGCUCAUCCGCGGUGCUAUGCAGUUCGAAAAGCAAAGCUGGGAGCCUUGUCUGCGGAGCUACGCAACAACCUACAUCAUCUACAACGCAUUGGCUACCGCUAGCAAGAGCGACAUCUUCAAAGACUUGCUCUCUGAGACAGUCGAGCCGUCCAUCAGGUUCGCUGCCUACCAGCUCAAGACUCCCCGAACGGUCUCGGUUGCUACCCUGGCCAAGAACGCCUUCCCACGAUCAGACGACGCUCUAGUUCAAGAAAUCAAUCGAAUUGAUGCCACCCUUCUGGCCGAGGCAAACCCAGAGUCCAAGGACGGCAUUGCGGUUAGCGAAACUGCCCCCCAGACGCUGACAUGGCGAGCCCACCAGGUCCAGAUUGAAGACGCUCAAAUAGCUACAUGCUGGUCAAUCGUCGCUGAGGCCAAAGAGAGACUCUCGCAGACAGUUGCCAAGUCCCAGGACAAGGGGCUCCACGAGGUAGCUGCCGCUUAUGAUGAAAUCUUAAUAUCUACCCAAGAUGCGGUCGAUGCUACCAAGCAGGCCAUCGACGAACUCAAAGGAGAUGGCGUUGGCCAAGGCGAUCCUAGAAUGCAACGGCUACAGAUUACUCGCACAGCAGUCAACUACGAGAUGAUUAGCUGGAGAAUCGGCCGGAAUCGAGUCCUUACAGGUCCCCAUGACGGUGCCACAGAAGAGUAUGAAUUGCGAAGGAGGGGCAAGAAGAAGGACGCAGCGUCUGCAGAGGCAAAGAAAGAGAGAGAAUUGCCAACUGGGAAAAAACUCGCCAAGCUCAAGGAAAAGGCAGCCUUGUACGAUGGAAUUCUUCAGAACUUGGAGUCUAUCCGAGAGCUCCCCGGAGUCGCCGCCGACGAGGAACUUGCUACCCGGGUCGAAGCUUACGAGAACUACUUUAUCGCUCUCAAGCACCUCGCAAUCGCCCGGUCACAUGCCAUCAUUGGCAACUCUGCAAAUGCCUUGGCCCUCAUCAAUAGCGCUCUGGGUUUCAGCCUAAAAGCUGUGGCCAAGCUUCCAAACGCACAGUCCUUUUCCGAUGAAGCUCCUUUGAGCCUCGACAUUUCCCCUGCUUCCGUCAAGUUCUUGGAACAGGUGAUUGAUGGCGAGCUGCAGCGCCACCGCGCCAUUGUCCACGUCGACAACCUGCGGAAGAAGAAAACCAAGGUCGACGAGUACGAAAGUCACGUUCCCCUUGUCGAGAAGCUGCAUGAAUACCCCGUCGGCGGGGCCGAUCUCGAACACAUUGUCGACUUUCCUCCCAGAGAAGAGGUGGUUCCAGUCAAGCCCAUCUUCCUCGACGUUGCGUGGAACUACAUCCACUACCCAGGAAAGGAGCCCCAGGUGGCCGAGGGCAGGCAAGCCGUCGAAGGCGCCCAGGAAUCUGAGCAGCCUGCCCAGCCGACCAAGAGAGGCUGGUUUGGCUUUGGGAGGUGA